UAUCUUACAUAUAACAAAGAUAUUUUGUUUCCUGGCCGUUAGCGAUACAUAUACGAUUCCUUUUCGGUUAAGUAAUGUAUAAAUCACAUACAUGACGAAUGAAUGUAUAUGUAGGUAUUUUCUUACGAUAAAACGUAUGAGGAUGAAACAGAAUAAUACAGAAUGAUAUAGAUUGAUAUUGCAGUGAAGUGAAUGUCUAAGUUUAUGUAUAAAUAACGUUAUAUAUAUAAAUUGCAUUUCAAAUAGUUUUCUAAUUGGUGUAUUUAUAAAAAAUCUGAGAUAUUUUGAAGUGAUAAUAUUAUACAAUUUUAAUCUAAAAAACAAUUCAUGCAAGAUGAUUGUGUCUGCUAAACACAGGCUUUUUUUAUUAAGUUUUUGUUUUAUACUAAUGCAUACAAGUACAGCACUGAACAAAUAUUCUGCUAAAGCAAAUAACCCUAAGGUUGAAGAUGUUUUGGAAUUUCCCAUGUCAUUACGAGAAUUAGAUAAACCAUUUCGAAUGUCAAAAUUGAAUAUACUUUGGGUAAAAGCAAAAAACCGUUUGACAGAUGUUAAAUUACAAUCGCUAUUUAGUGACCUAAAAAUCCAUGAUAAAGAAGAAUUAGCAUUUAAACAUUAUAAAUCUGAAGAGAAGGAUUCAGAUGGUUUAGAAGAAGCAAGAUUGAGAAAGAAAUUAAUUGGUAUUAUGAGUACAUAUGAUUUGUUAGAACACUUUUCUGAUACAGAAGAUCCAAUGUUACUUAAGAAAUAUAAAGCACUUAAUGAUGGUAGCAAUUAUGUUGCUAAGGAUGUAUUUAAAGAUUCAAAAUUGAAUAAGCUUUGGGCUAAAGCUGAAUUAGCUGGCUUUACUUAUGAAGAACUUAACACAUUAAAAGAAGAGUUUGAACAUCAUCAAGAAAAAGUAGAUGAGUAUAUGAGUUUAUUAAAAGAUAUAGAAGCUGGAGAUUCUGAAGUACAUGAGAAUAGCUUAUUAGAAAAGCCAGACAGCUGGAAUGUGUUAGAAGAGGAAGAACAAUUAUCAAAUAAUAAUGUACCUGGAAAAAAGUUAGAUUAUUUAGGAAAAGCAAAUUUGCUUAGAGAAAAACAUUUAGAGCUUAGAAAUGGUUAUGAUCGUUUGGAUAGAUUAACAGCUAAAGGACCUAAUCAUAAGGAAUUUAUAGAACCAAAAGUGCAAGGACUUUGGAGAGUUGCAUUGGAAGCUAAAUUUCCACCUAAUGAACUUGCUUCUCUUAAGGAAGAACUUUUACAUUAUGAAUCACGAUUACUCAAAUUAAGACAUCUUCAUACUGAAGCAGCUCUCGAAGCUGCACGCAAAGGAAAAUCAUAUGAUUUGGAUAAUUCUACUUCACAACAACAUAUAAAGAAACAUGCUAGGACAGUUCAAAAGCUUCAUAUGGAUCUUGAGGCAAAAAUUAUGCAAAAACAUACUGAGUUAUAAUUUUUAUAAGAUUUUUUAAUAAUUUCU